UCACAGGACACUGACUCUUGGGCUCCUAGCCCUGAGAACUCCAACUCUGCCGUCCCCUGCAGAGAUGACCCUCCAGAUCCCAUCUCUUGCAGCCCAGUUCCCAGAUCCAUAUUGCAGAGAGACUCCAACAAAGAAAAGGAUCAGACAGAAGAGGAUGAGACAGGCGUUCUAGACCUCCUAUGUGUAGUCCGGCACAGUUCACAAUGGUCCCCAGCCUCUACUGCACCAUCAUCCUUCUGUCCCACCCUGUUGUUUGAAGCCACUGACCUGUCUUGCUAUGGCAACAAACUGCAAAAGAUGAAGGAUGGGAUGAUUGACUUAGCCCUGGGCCUGAUUAAGAAAAGGUAUAGAAUUGGUAUAAGCUGACAAUGGCAAAUGCUAUGGGAAAAAUACUCAGCUGUAGCCCCAGCGUUGCUGUCAAGUCUCCAUCACGGCCAUGGGCCUAUCAGGAUGUUGACUGUGCUUCUUUGGACAAUAACAACCCUUCCCUGGAGGCUCCCAUAGUAACACAGAUGUGUUGGAAGGAGCUGAAGGACAAGACUGCAAGGGACACUCAACUGGGUGGAUGGACCUUGAAUCCUGACUGUCAUUGUUCCAGUUUGAACAACCCCCUGGAGAGCUCCAGGUCCCCCCAGGAGUACCAACCUCAGCAUCAUUUUAAUGGCUUAACACCAAAACAACCAGCUGGAAAAAGCAACUGGAGUUGAGGACUGCUGCCGCCAUUCACCAGCACACACACAGAUGCCAGACCAAGAAAAACCCUGCCUUUCCUGGAACAGAACUUCCAGCUGUCCCUCAUGGCUGGAACUUGGAUGAGAACAACUCUUCUCCAUCUGCCAAACAGCACUGGGAUAACAUGGGCUGCCUUAGCAUGGACAAUGGGGUAACAGGUUUAAGUGAGGAGCAGGAUGAGAAUGAGCCUAGUGGAGACCAGGAGCCAUGGCAAGACCUGAGGACUAGGGCAGCUGAGGUAGGGUAUGUGGACACUGGCCUUGAGCCAGCCCUGCCUAGAAAUUGGCAUAGCCAGGGAUCUACAACGUCAAAUUGCCCGGAGGCAUAUUGCACAGACUAGGGGGAGAAGAAAGAAGCCUGGAGCCUAGGGCACAGAAUCCUUUGUGGACAGUGUACCAAGCUACGCUGGGAACGAAAACAGGCGAUGUUGGAAUUCAUUCACACAGAAGCCAGCUAUGGGGAGGACCUGCACAUCAUCAAGGAACAGUUUCAGUUGCCUAUGCAGUCUGCCAGACUGCUGAACCCCGGACAGCUGCUAGUUGUGUUCAGCAACAUCCAGGAGCUCAUUGAUCUCAAUGAGAGAUUUCUGGAGAGCCUGCAGCAAGAGAUUGCCCAAGCACUGUCACAGGGUGAUGACGACCUGAUGACUGUGUGCAUUGGUGAGAUCUUCCUGGAGUAUAUCAACAUGUUGCCUGCUUUCCAGACUUACUGUCUUCAGCAAGCAUUCUCCAUGAGCACUCUCAGCACCCUGGAGAAGGAAAAGGAGCUACUUCGCAUUUUCCUCCACGCCUCUCAAACCAACAACACGGCACUGAGACGGAUGAAUCUGCACUCAUUCCUGAUGGCACCAUUGCAGCGAAUCACCAAAUAUCCACUUCUGUUGAGCUGAAUCACACAGGCCACAGCUACCUUCCACCCUGACUAUGGCUGCCUAUGUGAGGCCACAAGCCGCCUAGCCUCUUACCUGGAGCACAUCAAUAGGAAAACAAGACAGGAACACAGCUUGCCCUGGGCUCUGCGCCCCUUCCGCCAGAAUGUCUGGCACCUUCAUGAGCCAGCUGCUGCCAUUGAUCGACGGGAGCUGGCACUGAAGAUACUGGGCUGGCCUUGGGAGGAGACUUUGUUUUGUAAUGGAGGGAGGACUGCAACUGGCUCAGCCCCCGGAUGGCCCCUGGACUAGAAAGGGCAGUUGAACCCUGAAGUUCCAGACUUUGCAGGUGAUACUAAUGGCUAGGCUACAGAGACCAGCUGAAAGGGGCUUAAGACAUGAGGGCCCAGGUCAGGGGCCAGUGGGAGAUGCCGCAUUAGUGCUAAUUCAUGAUAAGAAUCAUGGUAAACUGAGCUUGUUGAGGAGACCAAUUAGGUUGGGUCAGUGUGUGGUAUCAGCUGACCCUAUUUGCAAGACCUUUGAGCUACUGGAGAUGCAACAGGGUGCCUUUAUCCUACGUGAUUAUGACUAUGCCCAUACUCCGCUUUGGCUACAUCACAUCCAUGGUUAUGCCCGCCAGCUAGGGUCCUGGAAGAGGCGUCGCAAUGCACUACCCAACAUCAUGAUCAGUAUUCCCAGCCAUACCUGAUCCUAGAGAUGUCCCUAAUUAGGGGUAAAAGGAUUGAAAAAAAAUGGUCUCAAUUCCAUUAAAUCCCUAAAAUGUAUCUCUCUAGGAAGGUUCUAGGUAUGUGUUAGGGACCCUACCCUCCUUUCUGAGCUAGGGACCCUAGACCCUUCAGUUGGAGUGUACCUAUUUUCCCUAUUGAGGCUAGAGGAAGCGGACUCAUUACUUCUAGUUGGACUUAGCUUCUCUCUUCUAUUAGUUUUGGUUGCCAAUCUAUACCCCUUACCAAGUUCUUGGGAACUGAAGUAAAGCUCUAUUCAGCCCAGGGACCAUGCAGUUGUCAUUGCAGAUGAUCAGGGUGCAGAUUCUAUGUCUUUCUCCAAAUCCUUAGAACCAAAGCUUGAAAGUGAAGGUGAUGUAAACACAUGGUCCUCUUUUUACUAGAUCAGACUAUUUUGAAACCAUAUUUAUACAUUUUUCCUCUCACUCAACCUCCAAACAAAUACAGAGAUACUGCUACUUUGUCUAGUGCCUUUAAUUCAUGAGGGUUUUCUGGGUUAUGGCUGCAGUGAGGAGCUGGCCAUUUGGCCAUGAUAACAGAGAAAGAGGAAAGGUGAAGUAGCUAGAAAAGGCAAAUUCAGGAGUGCUAUGGCUGGGGCAGGGGGAGUAGGAGGAGGAAGGCACUGGGUGUGAGGGUGGGUAUUGUCUGCUUUCUAGUGUUUCCUGAGGUUGGCUGUGAGUUGGGGGGGAAGGGGGUCACCAAUCAUUGUAAUAGGGAUCAUUCUUCAUAAAUAACUACCCUAUUUAUUCAUUUAUUCAUCCAAAAGAGUACAUAUUGAAUGUGUACUUUCUGCAAGGCACUGUAGUCAGAGCCCUGAAACAGAAACUUAGAUGAAUGGUCUCUGCCCCCAAGGGGCUAACAAUAUAAUUAAUUCCUUUCUGCAUGUUAAGGUUCUUUAUUUUGCCAUUCCUCCUGAUUCCUUUAGUCCACUUUUAGAUUCAUUCAUAGGUUGAGUCAUUCAACAAAUAUUAUGUAAGCUACCUUGGGAGAUAAGAUACUGUGUUUGCUUCCCAUCAUAGAGUUUAUAGUCUAAUAAGAGGGUUGUUACAGGCAUAUAAAUAACGGUAAUAUGUAAAGUCUUCUAUUACUUCAGAGGAGGGAUAGAUUCCUUCUGACUGAAGGUAACAAGGAUGGCUUUUUGGAGAAGAUGGCACUUGAGCUGGGCCUUAAAGAAUGGGUAGAUAUUGGUUAGCCAGAGCAGAAGGGUAAGGGAUUUCAGCCAAAAGGGACAAUGCUAUGGAGUUGUGGAACCAAAAAGUAUGUUUGGGAAACACAUAGUCCAGGCUGGCUAAGGCAUGGGGUUUGUGGAAGGAAAAAGUAGGAGAUGAGCUGAGGAAGAUUAGAUUGAGACAAAAUUGUGGAGGGCCUUACUCGUCAGAUGGAAUUUAGAGUUUACUUAGCAGGUAAUGGGUAGCCAUUGAAGGUUUUUGAACAGGGAAACAACAUGAGAAAAAUUAUACUUUAGUAAGAUUAAUAUGGCAGCAGUGUGUUGAAUGGAUUGGAGGGGGAAGGUAAGGAAAAGUAGAGAUUAGUUUAAGAAAAAGCUUCCAAACAAUUUGAAGCUGUCCCAAAGUAGAAUACGCUUCCUCAUUGGAGGUCUUUAAGCAAAGGCAAGAUGAUCUUUUGUCAGGGAUGCUGUAGAGGGGAUUUUGAUUCAGGUACAGGUUGGAUCAGAUGGCCUCUGAGGGCCCUUCUAAGUGUGAGAUUCUUUGCUUAGCGGGAAAGCCUGGAGAUCAGGAUGACCAAUUACAAGGCUAUUGCAAAUCCUCUAAUUCAGCUCCUAAGAGUUCCUUGUACUUUUUAAAAGUCUCCUAGGUAUGAAGAGUACAUACAAGUCCCCCAAAGACUUGAAACAAUUAAUGGUGAGAAACCAGCCUUCUAGAUUCCAGUUCUGCACUUUGAUAGGUUUAUAUUCCUAGCUGCUGGCCUGAAUUUCUUGCUACUAUUAGGUUGCUAGACUAGGGUUAUUAGGUUAGGGAGAAUAGAAGGCCCAUUCUCCCAGAGAAGUCAUUGUGAAUGGUAUAACUAGAAAUGUGAGGCUGCAAAUUAGAAAAACAAUUCAGAAUUUUUUUUUGUUUUCUCCUGAAUUUCUUCCCUCUCUCUUCCUGAUUCUCUUUUUCACCUCGUUCUACCCUCCUUCUCUAGCUUCUUUGUCCAGGGCAGCAGAUUUAGGCUAUAGAGAAAAAGCAGAGGCAUCCACAGCAGGAGAAACAGGGUCAAACAAAGAAAUUGAUGGACAACAUAUGAAAUAUUUGUUGUUGUUGUUGUUGGGGCUAAGUGACUUGCCCAGGAUCACACAGCUAGUGAGUAUCAUGUA